UCGGGUUUGUCUGUACCAUUGUCUGGUUCUUCGACUGUUUUAAAAGGAAACAGGAGCAGUUUCUUUAGAGUUUAGCGUCCAUGUUUGGAUUCAGAUUUUUAUGAUCUGGCAAAUUAGGUAAAAACUCAGAUUUCCAGACAGUGAAUCGUCUUCUGUUUCAAACAUUGCUGUAAAAUAUAUUUAUGGAAGACAUUUUUAUGCAAUAAACAAAGAGUUGGUGGAGGAGCAAUAACUGAAGACAUGUCUGCAGAACCUCUCCAAGACAAAAGGAAUGUCAUCAAUUGUGAUGAUGUCCUCCUGCUAUGUGAGAAACCACCCAUAGAUGAUGAUACGAAAAAUACUGCUGGUGAAAUAGGAAAUGAAAAUGAAAAUGAAAAUGAAAAUGAAAAUAGUGGGGAAGUGGAUGAAACAAAUGCUGGCGUAAACGAAGAUGGAGGAGAAACCAACUGCGAUGUAAAGAUGAGUGAAAUGAGUGUGAAAAAUACACAAGAGGAAAGUAGUGACUCAAAACAUGGGAAUGAGAAUGGAAGUGAAAGAGAGAAGCCUGAAGAGGAAGUGGGAGGUGGAAAGAAUGAGGAAAGAGAUGAAAGUGAAGAUGAUGAGGAUAUUCCAUUGUCGUCCAUCAAGUCCAAGCUAAGCAAGGAAGGAUUGCAAAAAGGGACAAGAAAAUCAACGAGGACGAAGAAAAAUGUGUCGUAUGAAGAUGGUGAUGUUGACGACCUUAAUGACAGUGAUGAUGAUGAUGAUGAUGGGGGUGAUGAUGAAGAUGAUGGGGGUGAUGAUGAUGAUGAUGGGGAUGAUGAUGAUGAUGAAAAUGAUGAUGACGAUGAUGAGGAAGAAGAAGAUGAUGAUGAUGCCUCCAAAAAACCCACAUGUGUCAUGUGUGACACGAAGUUUGAAAGAAAAUCUGAACUUGCCAAGCACAUGAAUACUGUUCAUUCCGACUCUAAGCCAUUCAAAUGUAAUGUAUGUAACAAAGGAUUCAAAAGGCGAAGCUGUAUGAUAAGACACAAACACCUUCACACCGAAGAGCGUCCUUACCCGUGUCCUGAGUGCAAAAAAGCCUUCAAGACCUCCUAUGCGUUGUCUUCUCAUCGUGUCACGCAUUCUGAAGACAAACCAUACAAGUGUAGUGAAUGUGACAAGGGAUUUCCACGUUACAGUCAACUCAAAGAUCAUUUUCUGAAGCACACGGGAGAAACUCCUUACGUCUGUGACAAGUGCGACAAGUCUUUCACUACCUUACGAAGUCUUUCAAGACAUCUACUCACCCAUAAAUACAAUACUAAGAGCUACAAAUGUGAACAGUGUAACAAAGCAUUCAAGGGCUUGGAAGCCUUGACCAAGCACACUGAGAAUCAUACCAAAGAAAAGCCUUAUAAGUGUACCUUUUGCGACAAAGCGUACCUCAGACGUAAGCUCCUUCUUGAUCACGUGCAGGCGCAUAGAGACGGCGUCCAGAAACACAUUUGCAUUAUUUGUGACGAGAUCUUCUAUGACUCCAGAUCACUUCACCAACACCAGAAAAUCCACAAAGUUGACAAGCUUUACCAGUGUGAGGAUUGCUUCAAGACGUUCCGCAGAGCUUCGCAACUUAAGGACCAUUUGUUGACUCACACGGGCGAGAAACCUUUCAAAUGCAGCCAGUGUCAAAAGUCAUAUUCGACGUCAAGGUCGCUCGUCAGACACGAGCGAAAUCACACGACGGAAAAGCCCUACCUUUGUAACGACUGUGGGAAAUCUUUUCAGCUGUCCAAGCAGUUGACKUCACACAAGUGUGCGGUACAAGGUGAUGAGUGUUGUCGCUGUACGCAAUGUAAUGCUGUAUUCAAUGUCUUUCAAGAACUUAUCGAUCAUCUGUGGACUCAUACUGAUAGAGAAGUUUAUUCGUGUGAGGACUGCAGUAGUAGUUUUAUUACAUGGUCAGAUUUUGCUAAACACACCACGAUCCAUUCUGAGAAAGGAAAGUUCAAGUGCACCAAGUGUGAGAAAUUUUUCAAACGCCCACAUUCUCUCACCGGACACAUGCUGUCGCACUCUGAAGACCUUCCAUUUGGAUGUACUCAUUGUAAAAAAGAAUUCAAGUGCUCUGCUUAUCUCGUCAAACACAUGYGCAACCACAAGGACCUCAAGCCCUACGAGUGCUCCAAAUGCGGGAAGCGUUUCUCACAGUCGAGGUUACUAGCAAUCCACUCCUUGACCCAUAAACAAGAAAAAGGCUCCAAGUGUAACGAUUGUGAUUACGAGUUCUCAGAUCCGUAUUCCAUUGAGGUCCAUUCCUUGUGUCAUGAAGACGAUAAGCCCUAUCCUUGUACAGAGUCCGGCUGCAAGAGAGCUUUCAGGACCUACGCGGACCUUAAUUUACACCAGCGCUCGCAUACCGGUGAAAAGCCAUAUAAGUGUUCCAAAUGCCAGAAGGAAUUUGUGCAUUCCACGAUAUUCAAUAUGCAUCUGAAGGCGCAUAAAGAGAACAGUUGCUUUCAGUGUCUUCAGUGCAUGAAAGAAUUUUCAGCAGUUCUUCCACUUACAGAACACCUUAGAGUUCAUGCCGGUGAAAAGCCAUUCCGGUGCAAUAAAUGCGGGAAGUCCUUUGGAAGACUGUGGUCGUAUAACAAGCAUCGCCAAAUGCAUAAGAAACAAUUGGUAUACGAGUGUAGACAUUGCAGUAAAGGAUUUGUUGUUUCUCAUUUAUACACUCGUCAUCUUCAGAGCCACAGAGGAACCAAAUAGGUCUCAUGAUUACUCACUGUUGCAAGGAAAGUCUACAAGAAAAGGUUAAGUUUGUCCCGUUUGAAAUUGCCCUAUUUCACUAUGACGUCACUGCUUGUUUAUGUGGGGGAUGGAAUCGCCAAAUCCACUGUAUAGAAAAUUCAACAAAAUUUGCUCCUAGCGAAACAGUUUAAUCUAAAAUGGCCUG